AUGAACCUCUCUUCGUUUCGUGUGUUCCAGCCCUUAAUCUUCUCCAUAUUCGUCGUUGCGAUCAUCUCCGCCAAGCUCCUUCAUUUGUUCCAGCAUGCUCACUCUAUUCCCUUGCCGCGUUUUAUUCUCUACUUUUUCACCUUCUUUAUCCAGGAUUGCUUUCUCAUAGUCUUCCACCGUCUGCUGCUCUAUGGCCAGAGCCGUAAUAUUUCGACUAUCAUUGGCCUGACCAUAGGCGUACUUCUUGCAAUCGUCUCUUUGGGUGCUUCAGCGGCACAGUUCGGCUUCUAUUAUGUUACUGGUGGGGAGCUGCAGUGGGAUGCUGCCGGAAGUGUGGCCAAUGACCCUGCUGCUCUCAGACUCAUGUUGAGUGGAAUCGUACCAGUCAGUAUCUCGGGGUUAGCUCUACUUCUGGUGUCUUGGUCGAUUACUCCAGUGCUGUACAUCAAAGUAGGUGGUUGGCUGGUCGUUGUUUGGAAUUUGGUCUCUCCUGGGAAUUGGGAUGUCCUACUUCCCAUCGUUCUCACGAAAUCGGACUUCUCACACCAAAAAGCAAUUCGUCUAUGGCCCCUGUGUGUCCUGACAACUCUCUGCUCUUUGACGCUUUUGCAAUUCGUUCGACCGGCAGUGCCUUACGAUCACAUAUCCGCAACCCUACCGGUCGCCAUGACCCGCAUGAUACGGCCCAAAUCAAAUUCCUGCCCCGGGCAUUUGCUACCAAAUGGAGAAUCGUUUCCGCUUCCGGAUUUGCUCACAAAAGACCGAUGGAUAAUGCCACAUGAUAACUACAAAGGAUGGGCUCCCGGACAGGAAAACUUUUUCGUUCAGCAGUACGCUGAGAGGCAGCGGAAGUGGAUUCCAGACACACUGCCUGCUGGAUUCGAGCGGUGGAAUAAGAAACAGAAAAUGGGUCAGCCAUUGGCGAAAAACAAUUCAGUCCCCACCAAAAAUAGCAAGGAUAAGUGCCCCAAUUUGGGUGGAACAAAUUACUAUAACCCUGUGGCAGAUCCACUACGGAUUUCCAAUUUGAACUUGGCACCGCUUGAAGAACUCCGCAAGGCCUUCCAGGACGUGCUGAUCUCGCAUGUUGUCCUUGUGACUUUGGAGAGCACACGCAAGGAUAUGUUUCCCAUCAUGGACGGAUCGUACCUCCACCGUAAGAUCCUUGGGUCCUACAAAGGCGAUGAUGAGAACAAGGCCCUAGUCAAUGAGAAGUUAUCACAGCUGACUCGUGUGGCGGAACAAGUCACUGGACAGUCAUUUUUUUCCUCCGCUGAACCACAAACACGGCCUGGACUCUUACCUGGUGUAUGGCGGGACCAGGCUGCUCCAGGUAUGGGAGGCAUUAAUGUUGUCGGAGCCGUUACUGGGAGCACUCUUUCUUUCAAGAGCGUUAUUGGCAGCCACUGCGGUGUUGGGCCCCUCCCUCGGGAUUUCCUUGAGGAGGUCAACGCGCAGAUAUACCAGCCUUGCAUCCCUCAGAUCAUGGAGCUUUUCAACAAUCAAAAGAAAUCCAACGAUGGGAAAGACGGGAAAGAAUCAUUACUUGAACAUCGUGCCAGUGUACAUCGAAGAAAAUGGGAAUCGGUAUUUGUUCAAUCAAUCACGGACCAGUAUGAUCGACAGGAUGAGCUCAACCAGCACAUGAACUUCGGACAGUCCUUCGUGAGGGAGACACUUGACAAUAAAACGUCCAAGUAUUACACACCAGACGCUGAAGAGAUUAACUAUUUUGGAUAUGCCGAAACUGCGGUCAAACCUUUCCUUCGUGACUUGAUAUCAGACGUUAUUGCAAGCAACAAACGCCUUUUCCUCUCGCAUUUUACAAGCACCACUCACCAUCCCUGGGGAGUACCAAAGAGUUUUAAUAAAACGGAAUAUAUGGGCUCUGAAGGUUCUCAUGAGCACAUGAACGAUUUCCUGAAUGUUAUUCACUAUGACGAUAUGUGGCUGGGAGAAGUCCUUGGACUCUUGGAUGAACACGGAAUCGCAAACGAGACUCUCGUUGUCAUGGUUGGCGACCACGGCCAAGCAUUCGCAGAAGACUCCAAACUCACAGGCACAUAUGAGAACGCCCAUAUUAGCAAUUUCCGCGUUCCCCUCGUAUUCCGUCACCCUCACCUCCCACGUCUCCAAAUCAACGCCAACGCAACAUCAAUGUCCAUUCUCCCUACUAUUCUCGAUCUCCUCGUUUCCACAAAGUCCCUAGACGCUGUCGAUACUUCCGCAGCCGCAGAUAUAAUGCACGACUACGAAGCCCAAUCUCUACUCCGCCCUUACCAAACUUCGCUCAACGGCCGUCAGGCCUGGAACUUUGGCGUAAUCAAUGCUGGAGGCGCAUUGCUCUCCAUCAUCUCGGCCGAUGUUCCUUACCGGAUUGUAAUCCCGCUCUCCGGCAAUUUCAUGUUCCGCUUCACCAACACUGCCACCGAUCCAAACGAGCUCCAUCCACUGGAAAAGUGGACGCUGAUAGAUCUCAUCAAAGUCGUCAGGCAACGGUAUGGUCAGGAGGCAGCUAAAUGGGCGGCGGAAGCUGAUGCCAUUGGCAGAUGGUGGGUUACCGAGAUGCAUCGUUUGUAUAAUUAUAAUUCUCGAUGA